AUGGAUUAUGGCCCGGAUUGGGCUUCCUAUGAUCCAUACAAACCUUGCCAUAAGUGUCUGGGUGAUGCCUUAGCCCUGAAUGCCCAACAUGUGCUUGAUGUGUCACAGCCAUAUCCAGGAGAUAAUAUUAUUCUCGAAAAUACCCAUGGUGUAAGGGAACAUUUUGGUGUUCGACCUUGUUUUGGAUCCAAAUUGGUAUUGAAUAUUUGA